AUGCGGACUCCUGCCUUUGGCACCAUUUGGAGGAAACUGCCCAAUGGUGGACAGGUUUGCAGCCACACAGCAACAGCCAUACUGUCUUGGAGAGGUCAGAUGCUCUUUGUGGUAUGCGAUGCUGAGGAGAUGCUGGUCUGUCAUACAAACGUCCUGGUGUGCAGCAUGUCUUUGCAGUUCCCAGGAGAUGCAGGAUACAGGAGCAGCAGCAGACUAGCUGGCUUGAGGGUGGCCAACCUGUGCCAGCCUCCCCCUGCAUCCAGCCACAGGUCUGCCUGGGCUAGUGGUGGUGUAAGAAGUGCAGCAGCUCAGUUCAUGAUUAAAGAGUUUGAGCAAAACAACCCUUCCCAUCAGCAUCUCCAACUUGUUGCUUACCCCGGUUGGAUUUCCUUGUUGGCCAUUAGCAGUGAGUCAGCUCCAUUAGUUCCUGAAUGCUCACAGGAGGGACACCACAUCCUCCACAAUCCCUACUGCAGCACGAAGUUUGCCUCACUGGAGCUGCAGUGAACGGGAAUUCAGGGCCUGGUUUGUGACCACUCCUUGCCACCAGCAUGGUACCGUUUCAUGAUUGACAACAAGCCUGCAGAAAUGCCAACGAGAUGUGUUGAAAUGAAUAAAUGCGGGACACAAGCUCCGGUGUGGCUGCCAUUGAAGUCUGAAUCCCUACCAGCUCCUGGUGAAAGCAAGAGGCUGAUGGCCUGUGUUACCUGGCAGGCCUUCUUUGGGGGCACCAAAGGCUGCUGCUUGUUUCGGAUACCCAUUGCCAUCAGGAACUGUGGUGAAUUCUUUGUGUAUUUCCUGCAGCGUACUCAAGGAUGCAUGGGCUACUGCGCAGAAGUCAAACUCACAAGCCUGGCUUUGCAGCCCGUGAUAAGUCCCGAGCUUGCGCAAGGUCAUGUCUACCUGAAGUGCACUUUCAGCCACCCCUCCUCAAAGCCAUUGCUGCAGUACAUGGUGGUCUGGUCACGCCUGUCCACCUCUGGCAAAAACCAGCAAAUUCAGCGUGACACCACUCUGCAGUCAUUUUCCUAUAUAGAGAUGAACGGCAUAAACCUCAGAUUGGGAGACGCGGUCUUUUGCACUGUCACUGCUUUUAUGAGGAAUACUGCUGAGCAGCUGUCAUUGCCUGAGGAGAGCAAAAGUUUCUAUGCCGGGAUUAAGUUUUUACCAGAAUCAUUACAAAUUGCAGAGGAUGGCAAAGAACAUGAUUUGACCAUUCUGAGUGUUGUACCCUUUGUCUGUCCACAGCAUGGCAACUCCUGUAAAAUUACUCUGAAGCUAAGUGUUGAGGAUUUGGAUAGCCAGUUACUGGGCUCUCCAAACAUCGCCCUUUCAUCAUGCCAGGUGGAUCUGCUGCGGGUGCCAUGCUCGGAAAGCAGCUGUGCAGCUGCCGCGCUGACAGUGAUAGCCGUGACAGACUUUGCUCAGGAUGGGAACCGCAUGAGCCACAUCAGAGCUGAGCCAGUCGGAUGGAGGGAUUUGCUCUGGGGGGCUUACGCACCCAAUGAUGUGAAGGUCACAGUUUGAGACCUCCCAACAGGGAACUGCUACUCUUUCACUGAUCCACACUUUAUCACGUUUGAUGGAUGGCACUAUGAUAACUAUAAAAUUGGCACCUUCCUUUUGUGCCAGAGUGUGUUGAGGGCAUUUGAAGUGCAUGUUUGGCAGUGGGAUUGUGGAGGCCACCGCUCUGCCACCACUUGCAAUUGUGGUGUGGCUGCACGAGAAGGGGGUGACACUGUGGUGCUGGACACCUGCAAUGGCCAUUUCCAGGAGCCAGACAGACCCCAGUUAGCCAUCAGAAGCACUGAAGCAUCACCACAUGUCAAAAUCCUAAAGUCCUACAGAGGGAAAAAAAUAACAAUCCUGUUCCCUUCAGGAGCGUUUGUUCGAGCUGAUGUGAGCGAGUGGGGAAUGGGUCUGACAGUGAGGAUGCUGGGCAGCGACUUCAACAGCACCAGAGGUUUGGGUGGUCUCUUUGACGGGAUCAGUCACAACGACCUGAACAAUGUGCCUGAGGAAAACUUCAUAGAGGAGUGGAAAAUACCUCCAGGAAAGAGUUUAUUUGAUAAGACUCCAGCACUUUCUGAGGUGAAGGAAAGAAAGAAUUACUGCAGAUGUCAGAAGGAGAACACCAAGUCCAGAAACAUGCUGAAUGCCUUUCAGACACCCUUCCCACAGUCCUCUGGUUGCCAUUAUGGCCAUGUGGAUUACAGCUCUGCAAUCCCAUAUCUAGAUGUUACGUCAGAGUUUGUCACUCACUUAGAAAUAGAGUCUGCUUUAAAACAAGAUGAGAAGCUGUCGACCAAGUCUUUUGAUCAACGACAAGUGCCUAAAUCAGUCCAAAAGCGAGGUAGCCCCAAGGACCAAUUAAAACCUCUUGCACACAAUAUUUCCAUGAAAAGAAACAGUUCCAUUAAAUCUACCAAACCCACAAAAGCUCCAAGGAGAGCAAAAAGGCAAGAUAACUAUUAUGAAUACUCAACCUUUCACCCAUUGCAUGGCCCAAGCCAGAGAGACUCAGAGAGCUUUGCAUAUUUUUUCCAAGAGGAUUACUUUGAAGGGGAUCGGAUGAAGCUUCCACUGUCAUGGCCCACACCCAAUGGCCUAACAGCUGCCAAAGCUCUGGAGAUUUGCCACCAAAUUCUUGCAAAUUCCACCAUUGGCUUAGUUGAUAUAUGCCUUUUAGAUUUGCAGCUCAAAGAUGAUGUGGCUUCAGUGAGGGCACUGAUAGCCCUUUUGGAAAAUGAAUGUGAAAGAAGAGUACUAGGGAACAGAAACAGUGUGUUUCAUGUAGAAAACCAGCAAGAAAUCCUCACUAUCUUCUGGUGUCCUGCUUUUUGUAAUGGCAACGGACAAUGUACUGAACUGGGCUGCCAGUGCUUUGAAGACCACAGCUCCUAUGAUUGUAGCAUUGCCAAAAAGCAAGCUUUGGCAAUCACAAGCUUAGAGAAUGGGGUCCUCUGCAACAUCCAUGCCUCUGACUGCACCAGGAUUCGGGUGUUUGGCCUUGGCUUCAAAGAGUCACCCAACCUGCACUGCAAGGUCACCAGAUUAAUUCAUCUCAAUGGCAAAUGGAUAUCAAGAGACCAAGAAACCACAUAAGCAGAUUUUCUCAGCUCCAAGGCUGUUCACUGUGAAAUUCCUCUCCUGAACGUUACAGAGCCAGAGGCUGUGCACUUUGUGACUGGUGAUGAACCGUUCGCAAGAUGGCAAGUCAAAAUCUCUAACGAUGGCUUCCAGUACAGUAAUUCCAGAGUGCUGACCCUGUACAAUGCAGUCUGCCAGGCCUGCCAAUUCCAACCAACUGGACUUUGUAAAUUAAAGGAAAAUACUUGUAAUAUAGAUGGACUUUGCUAUGGUGAAGGAGAGUCAAGCCUUACCAGUCCUUGUCUUCUCUGUGAACCUGACAUUUCGAAGUUCACCUGGUCUAAUAAUGAAAACAGCCUGCCCCCUGUGUUCCAGGCCCCCUCCAGCCAGCUGCUGACAUUUAUUGGCGAGAAUUUUGUUUAUCAGUUGUUAGCAGUGGAUCCAGAAGGGUCAGCUGUGCUAUUCGUCUUAGAGGCUGGGCCACAGGAUGCCAGGCUCUGUCCUGCUGGCCUUCUUAUCUGGAAAGUUGAUUCAGAAGAAAUGCAGACCUUUGGAUUUGCUGUGCUGGAUGAAUGCAAUGCACAGAGAAGAUAUUCUAUUAAGGUUGGAGUGAAGCCCUGCAGCUGCCUCAAUGGUGGAACGUGUAUUACCAAUAUCAAAUGCCCCUCAGGCCUUGGUGAAUACCUGUGCUUAUGUCCAAAUGGAUUUGAUGGAGGAUUUUGCCAGGAAGAUAUUAAUGACUGCAAAUCAAACCCCUGCUGCAGUAGAACAUGUGUGGACAGUGUGGAUAGCUACAUUUGUAAAUGUCCCCCUAGUUUGGGAGGGCUUACUUGUCAGGAAGACAGGAAUGAAUGUGAUGAGGGUCUUUGUUUUCCUGGAGUGUCUUGUAUGAAUACCUUUGGAUCAUAUGCAUGUGGAAUUUGCCCCAGUGGGAUGGAGGGAAAUGGUAAAACUUGCAAAUCUGUGCUUGCUGCUGACAUUACAAAAGCUUUAAGCAUUGAAAAAGGCAAUGGCAAAGGUGACUUCAACAAGACUGAGGUUAAGCAACCACUGCAACUCUUAGAAGCAAAGGGUUCUCCUGUAAUUAAGACUUCUAACAUAAGUGAUAGAUCUGGCCAUGCAGCACAACUGUCACAUAUUACUACCUGUGCCAACAGGCCAUGUUUUCCUGGAGUAUUCUGCUUUGAUCGGAAACCCCCUUACAUUGGCUAUGUCUGCGGACGAUGUCCAGCUGGGUUUUUCGGAAAUGGUUGAACCUGUACCAAAGUCCCCAGAUCAGUUUCAAGAUCUUCGCAAAGCCAUGUGGAUUUUGCUGGAAGAAAUAUUGAAGAUGCUAAAGGCUCUCACCAGGAAGACAUUUUAAAGACAUCAAGACACAUACAUGCCUUUCUUUCCCAAACCCAAAUUCCAAGACAAGAAAGCACACACUUUCUGGAAAGAAACUCCACAGUUGUUAACACUCCCUCUCUUACAGUGAAAAGGAAGACUUCCCAAGCUCACACGCUGUCACCAGCAAAAACUGGUAUGGAGUCCAGAGCACCUGAGAAACAGUCUUUUCUUGAAAAAAGAAAUAAUACCCACACUUUCUUUCUGCACGAGGGGCCAGACCCCAGUGCAACAACUGUCAGUGUGACAACCCAUACCCCUCUUCAUUUUAAGCAAUACAAACCAGGUAUAACGCAGACUGUUCUUUCUCAUCACAACACAAAUGCAAGUUCAUUCUUUGCAAGGCCACAUGCUGUUCAGCAGCCUCGUUCCAUGUACAGGUAUUCUGCCAGGAGAUGGCCUGGUCGAGUCACAGUCUUGAAGACUAAACCAUCCCAAGACUUACCGACACAGCAGCAGAGAGCACCUCCUUUGGCAACCACUUCACCUUUCCAUUUAAUAGAUUCUUCCCUUGAUACAGCUCCCCUGACUGCUAGCAUCCCAGCAGGGUCAGCUCCCCAAGCAGGGCUUCCAGAACAGACCAUGGUAGCCAGAAAGGUGUACAACACAGUGAUGGAUCAUGUGAAACUGCCAAAACCCAGUGGUGGGAGGCAUCAGAAAGUUGUUUGUGCUAAUACACUAUGCUUUACUGGUGUGCAGUGCGAGCCAGAUGAAGAUGGAGGAUUUAAAUGUGGGCCUUGUCCCACUGGAUACAGCGGUGAUGGAAUUACAUGUGAAGUGCAGUGUGAUCCACCAUGUGAGAAUCAAGGAACUUGUGUAUCCCAAAAUACUUGUUCUUGUGCUUAUGGAUUUGUUGGUCCUCGAUGUGAAACAAUGGUGUGUAACAGACACUGUCACAACGGUGGGGUCUGUGUGUCACCAGAUGAGUGCAAAUGCAGAAACGGAUGGAGCAGCCCUUCUUGUGAAACAGCUGUGUGCAAUCCUGUAUGCUUGAAUGGAGGAAUCUGUGUACAUCCAAAUAUGUGUACGUGUCCUUACGGUUUCUAUGGGCCACAGUGCCAGAGAGCUGUUUGCAUUCCUCCUUGUAAGAAUGGUGGUCACUGGCUACAAACCAAUGUAUGCUCCUGUAUCCAGGGCUACACUGGAAGAAGAUGUCAAAAAAGUGUCUGUGAUCCCAUGUGCAUGAACGGGGGGAAAUGUGUACGCCCAAAUGUCUGCGACUGCCCAUCUGGUUGGCACUGUAAUAAAUCUGUUUGCCUGCAGAAGUGUCUGAACGUUGGAGAAUGUAUAGGUCCAAACAUCUGUGAGUGCUCUGGAGGAUGGGUAGGAAUGCUGUGCCAAACCCCACUUUGUGAGAAAAUAUGUCUAUUUGGAAGCAGAUGCAUAAGACCAACUGUCUUAUGCUGCAGAAGUGGCUAUACUGGUUCAGCAUGUGAAAAGAAGGUGAAUGACAGCCAAAAGAGGUGA